AUGAAGAGUAUCGGUUGUGUUUUUCUGUGGAUCGAAAGCAUUUUGUUGCAUCGAGGCCGUCUGGUACAUUUGUCAGAUCUCUAUUAUUCACUCCCACCGCUGACAAUAAACCCAAGACGCCCCUAUGAUGUCUCCUUCAUUCCUGUCAAUUAUAAACGACUUAGGGUGUUGGAUUUGGAGUCUAUCAAUAUGGGUGCCGCUUUUGCAAGUGGAAUAGAAUUGCUUGAUGAUUUAAGAUACUUGGCUGUUUGUGGUGAUAUGGAGGCUAUCCCACCAUCUUUGGCCAACCUGGAGAAUCUAGAAACUUUACUUGUGAAGAGUUUCAAUGAUAAAGGGUCCUCUAAAGAUGAAAUACAAAGCUUGAUUUCACUUUCUUUUCCUUGUUUUACUUGUGGGAAGGUGGCUGAUGACACGAUAAAGAGGUUUCCCAACCUUAGAAAAUUGAAGUGCAUAGUUGUAAAACCAAGAGAUUCUAUGGUCCUCUCUCUAUUUCCUGCAUUUGAGUCACUGUGCAUGUUGGAGUCGCUGAAUAUAUCAUACUAUGGGAAUGUUCUUAAGGCUGGUGAAUGGAAUUUCCCUUCCAGUGUAAAGAAGUUGACAUUAUCACACUUUCACCUGCCCUGGAACGAUAUCUCAGUGAUUGGGAGGUUACAAAAUCUGGAGGUCCUCAAAUUAAAAGCUGAAGCAUUUGAAGGGGCGAGUUGGACCAUGGAGGAAGGGGAGUUUCUUAAUCUUAAAUACUUGAAAUUAGACACAUUAGACAUUAUCCAUUGGGACUCCUGA